AUGCCAUCGGACUGGCUGAAACGAGAAGAAGCCACCGAUUCAACGCCGUCAAUGACACCGGAGAAGAACUGUUCCUCGGAACAUACGACAGCAGAGGAAUUGGCGGCGUCGGUGCUUUCGUCAACACAUCGAUUCAUUCAAGCAACGAACAACCCGAACCGGACAUUUACCAUUAAAGAGAUGUGGAUCAAUAGAUGUGGUUUUACCAUCUUUGUCGUUUCGGCACAGACAUCAAGCUAUGACGAGGAAGAAGUCGAAGCAUUCCACAUGAACAUGGAGAAGUUAUACAGAGAAGACAAUACAUUUUUCAAGGUCAUCAUUGGAGAUCUUAACAAAGAUCUCAUCUGGAAGAACGUCUGA